CUGUGUAAAAAGGUGCAAGAGAGGGCGGAGGAGUGUUUGGAGCUGCCUGUUGAACUCUAUUCCCGGUCUCAUCUGACCUCUAACCCCUGUCUCUAAGCGAUGGGGACGGGAUGAUGGCGGCUCGGGCCCUGAGUCGGGAGGAGGUGAACGAUAUAGUGGCUCUGGCUCUGCGCUCCGGUCUCACUGAGCGCGACAUUGCGCAGCUGCCGUCGGUGCAGAAGUUGCUGGGAGGCCGGGGCCGGGGCAGGGGCCGGGGCCGCCCCUCGUCGCCGUGCCACGGGCUGGUGCCGCUCCUGGCGCUGCUCCUGCUGCUGCUGGGCCUGGGCGGCCCGCUCCGCCGCUCGGCCUUCAGCCUGUGGUUCCGGCUACACGGUUCCUCAGUGGAGAACGAGAUCUGCGUCUUGGGCUUCUCCGACUUCCCCAACCCCUUCCGCCGCCCCUUGGACUGCCGCGUUUGCAGCAAUAUCACCGCCGUCGACAGGAAGAGCAACCUCAGCCAUGAGGAGUUUCUGCGGGCCUACGCCUACUCCAUGCAGCCGGUGGUGGUGGAGGACGGUCAGAGGAACUGGUCAGCCAGGGAAGUCUUCAGCUUCGAGUUCUUCUCCCAGAUCUACAGUAGCGGCAGCAGCGCCUUGGACAACAGCGGCAGUGAAUGUCAGUUCUUCCCCUACGACACGGAGUUUCACAAUUUAAGAGAUGUUUUCGGGAUGGAGGCCGGUCGCGCUGGCAUGCACAGCAAUGCCAAGCCUUGGUAUAUUGGGUGGAGUAACUGUGAUUCCAGUGCAGCUAGUAUUUUGAGGCAGCACUACAAGCGGCCAUAUUUUAUCCCAGCUAUCUCUGAAUCAAGCAAAAUGGACUGGAUAUUCAUGGGAGUGCCCGGGCAUGGAGCCCGUAUGCAUAUUGAUGAUGUAGAUAAUCCAUCCUGGCAGGCCCAAAUCAGGGGCAUCAAGCACUGGAAGCUGGAACCCCCUGCAGAAUGCUACUAUGAAUGCUCUUCACUGGAAGCCAUUGUGUACCCUGGACAAAUAAUUGUGUUGGACACAAAUAAAUGGUUUCACGAAACUCACAUUUUGGGAGAAGAACUCAGUAUUACAAUUGGUUCAGAAUAUGACUGAACUCUGCAAGGUUAAACCUCAGAAAAAGAAACACGGCGCCAAAUUGUUACGGCAUUAAAAGAACAUUGGAUAAAGGCUGCAGAAUUCUGUGUGCAUUGGAUAACAAUUCACAUCACCUCAAAUGGUGAUGAACAGAAAUGACUAUUGUGCUCUCAGCUUGAGGUCUUUUUAAGAAUGUUCAUUGGGAGUUCAAGGAUAUAAACAUUACUUCUGCAUAAAGACAGACUGGAACCAAAGUGUCAAUAUUUUCUGGGAAUCCUCACAAAGGCAGUGCUCCAACCAAAUUCAAUUCUAGUUAUCAAAAUGUUACCUUAUUUUCUCUGACUUAAAAUCCUGCUGGAUGGUUUGAACAGUUUAAUGGAUUGGAAUUGUUUCUCUUGUUUACCUGUAGCUGCUAUAUUCUUGCAGUUAACAUAUUCAGUAGCUUUCUCCUGAAGACAAACAGUUCUCUUUAAUCCUCUGUUCCUGCCAUGUUCUCAUAACCCAGAUGAAAAGUGAUUUAUCUUUUUCCAGCUUUGGUUUACAGUGAGUUUAUAGUCUCCAGAUCAUCAUUUCAUCUUAAAAGGAAGUUUCAAAUUAGCCUGAUAGGAUUAAAAAGAAAAGCAUUUUUGUCACACUUUCCUCUUUGUAACAGCUAUAUUGAAAUUGAAAGGUGGCAAAUGUGAAUACUUCAGGUAUUUUCAUGAUCAACUUUACAAUUGGAGUUAACCUAUCAAAAUAUUUGUAACUCAAUUUUAGAAAUAUAUGUGAAUGUGAAGCCAGAUUUUACUCAGUAGGUACAAUUGAAGUUAUGCAAUAAUGGAAAAACUAAAGACACUAGCAUUACACCAAGUACAUAUACUUUGCACACCCUGAGAGAUGAGUUAUGUGACUCACUGGAUCAACUGGAUAUUGUGGCACAGUCUUAAGGUCCCAGGUUUGAGUGUUCACUGAAGUAGAGUUGGUGACUUAUGGCAUUAUCCUAUGCUUUUUUAAAAAAAGUAACAUCUACAUUAAUUGUCAGGUUUGGAUGGUAUCCUCAAAACACAGUCAUUUCAGAUUUGCUUGGGAUCUCCUUGCUAGAUUCUGUAAUGUCUGACUUUGUUUUAUAGAAUAACUUUAUAUAAAGGAGUUUUUAUUCACCUUUGUAUUUACUGUUACUUUGUAAAUAGUGCAUUUUUAAGUACACCAAGUUCAAAUUAAAGGAGGCUGAAUAACUUAACAGGAAAGGAAAAUGUUGGAAAUCGACAUCAUGCAGCAUCUUUGGAGAAACGAUUAAUAUUUUACACUAAUAUUAGUUCAUCAGAACUUUAAAUUGCAGAGUGUUAAUCUUAUUUGCACUUUACUCUCUAAAUACCUUGGGUUUAUUUUACAGGAAUGACAUUCCAGUUACUACCAUGUUUAUAAUGGAUAUGUGGUUUAAAGGUUUACUGUUGUUAGAAAUUAAAAUAAUUAUCUUGAUAUGCAAUAUUCAUGUCUAUUGGCACAUUAGUUUCAUAAGUUACUUAUAAUCCAUGUAAGAUAUGUGGAAAUAAAGUAUUUCUUUGAUAAUUGGUA